ACCGGGCUGGCGGAGCCAUGGGGACCGUGCACGCGCGGAGUCUGGAGCCGCUUCCGAUGACUGGGACUGAUUUUGGUCCUUUAGGAGACGAAUCUGAACUAAUUGAAGUUGAACCAGAAACCAAACAGGAGAUUUUGGAAAAUAAAGAUGUUGUGGUUCAGCAUGUACACUUUGAUGGGCUUGGAAGGACCAAAGAUGACGUUAUUAUGUUUGAAAUUGGUGAUGUUUUCAAGGCUAAAAAUCUCAUUGAUGUAAUGAGGAAAUCGCAUGAAGCUCGUGAAAAGCUGCUCCGUCUAGGAAUUUUUAGACAGGUGGAAGUUCUGAUUGAUACAUGUCAAGGAGAUGAUGCUCUUCCAAAUGGUUUAGACAUAACAUUUGAAGUAACAGAACUGAGAAGGUUAACUGGAAGCUAUAACACAAUGGUCGGCAAUAACGAAGGGAGCAUGGUACUUGGGCUCAAGCUCCCUAAUAUCUUUGGACGUGCUGAGAAGGUGACAUUUCAGUUUUCUUAUGGUACCAAGGAAACAUCUUACGGCCUGUCUUUCUUUAAACCACAGCCUGGACACUUCGAGAGGAAUGUUUCUCUCAAUCUGUAUAAAGUAACUGGGCAGUUCCCCUGGAGUUCUCUUCGCGAAACUGACAGAGGAAUAUCAACAGAAAUUAAUUUUCCAAUAUGGAAGACUAACCAUACGUUAAAAUGGGAAGGUGUCUGGAGAGAACUUGGCUGCCUUGCAAGAACGGCAUCAUUUUCUGUUCGAGAAGAAAGCGGACACUCGCUCAAGUCUUCUGUCUCGCAUGCAAUGGUGAUUGAUUCUCGAAAAUCUUCAAUCUUGCCCAAAAAAGGUGCUUUGCUGAAAAUAAAUCAGGAGCUGUCUGGUUACACAGGUGGUGACGUGAGCUUUCUAAAAGAGGACUUUGAGCUUCAGUUGAAUAGGCCUUUUCUGUGGGAUUCAGUUUUCUCAGCUUCGUUCUGGGGAGGAAUGUUGGUUCCGAUUGGAGACAAACCAUCCAGCAUCGCUGACAGAUUUUACCUUGGCGGACCAACAAGUGUGCGUGGAUUCAACAUGUACAGCAUUGGACCUCAGAGUGAAGGUGAUUACCUUGGUGGUGAAGCUUACUGGGCUGGUGGCCUACAUUGGUAUACACCACUCCCUUUUCGUCCUGGCCGUGGAGGAUUUGGAGAUCUCUUUCGAACACACUUUUUCCUUAAUGCUGGUAACCUUUGCAACCUUAACUAUGGAGAAGGUCCUAAAGCCCAUCUUCGUAAGCUGGCAGAGUGUAUCCGAUGGUCUUACGGUGCUGGAAUAGUUCUCAGGCUUGGAAACAUUGCUCGGUUAGAACUCAACUAUUGUAUCCCUAUGGGGGUACAAAGUGGAGAUAGGAUAUGUGAUGGAAUUCAGUUUGGAGCUGGAAUAAGGUUCCUGUAAUGACAGAGUGACUUCGCAGUGUUGUCCCA